UCUCGCCAACUGCGGUGCCUCGCCGGGCGCGCACCCGCCCUCCCGCUUCUCCACCCAGAAGAUCCGCCAGGGCCUAUAAAGUGAGCGGGUUCGCAGUCGGGCGCCUGUCCGGGGCUCGGGCCGGGUGGGCCGAGCCUAGCGCGCGCCUGCUUCACGCGGGCGUGAGGCGGACCCCAGGGCCUGCGCGCCUCCGCCGCCGGCCUCGCGCACGCGCCCCACCCAGGCCCGCUCCGGCCGCCCACGGGUGACCCCGCUCCCCGAAGCAGCGCGCCUCUGAUGACUUCCGACCUCGGUGUCAGCCGAUUCAAGAUGAAUAGUGACCAGGUUACCCUGGUUGGUCAAGUGUUUGAGUCAUAUGUUUUGGAAUACCAUAAGAAUGAUAUUAUUCUCAUCUUGAAGGAAAGAGAUGAAGGUGCCCAUUACCCAGUUGUGGUUAAUGCCAUGACCCUUUUUGAGACCAACAUGGAAAUUGGGGAAUAUUUCAAUGUGUUCCCCAAUGAAGUGCUAACUGUUUUCGAUAGCGCACUGCAACGAUCAGCCUUGACAAUUCUGCAGUCCCUUUCUCCCUCUCAGGAUGUCUCCAUGAAGCAAAACCUUCAUGCCAGGAUUUCAGGUUUGCCUGUCUGUCCUGAGCUGGUGAGGGAGCACAUCCCUAAAACCAAGGAUGUGGGACACUUUUUAUCUGUCACUGGGACAGUGAUUCGAACAAGUCUGGUGAAGGUCCUGGAGUUUGAGCGGGAUUACAUGUGUAACAAAUGCAAGCACGUAUUUGUGGUCAAGGCUGACUUCGAGCAGUAUUACACUUUCUGCCGACCAUCCUCAUGUCCCAACUUGGAGAGCUGUGACUCCUCAAAAUUCACUUGCCUCUCAGACUUGUCUUCAUCUCCAACCAGAUGUAGAGAUUAUCAGGAAAUCAAAAUUCAGGAGCAGGUUCAAAGGUUAUCUGUUGGAAGUAUUCCACGAUCUAUGAAAGUUAUCCUGGAAGAUGACUUAGUAGAUAGUUGCAAAUCUGGAGAUGACCUCACCAUUUAUGGAGUGGUAAUGCAACGGUGGAAGCCCUUUCAUCAAGAUGUGCGCUGCGAAGUGGAGAUAGUCCUGAAAGCCAAUUAUGUCCAAGUAAAUAAUGAGCAAUCCAAGGGGAUCAUCGUGGAUGAGGAAGUUCGAAAGGAAUUUGAAGAUUUUUGGGAAAACUAUAAAAGUGAUCCCUUCGCAGGAAGGAAUGAAAUAUUGGCCAGCCUGUGCCCUCAAAUAUUUGGGCUAUAUCUAGUAAAGCUUGCUGUGGCCAUGGUGCUGGCUGGUGGGAUUCAAAGAACUGAUGCUACAGGAACACGAGUUAGAGGUGAAUCUCAUCUUUUAUUGGUUGGCGAUCCCGGCACAGGGAAAUCUCAGUUCCUUAAAUACGCAGCAAAGAUUACACCCAGAUCUGUUCUCACCACAGGAAUUGGAUCUACAAGUGCAGGUCUGACAGUAACUGCUGUAAAGGACUCAGGAGAAUGGAAUUUGGAGGCUGGAGCAUUAGUACUUGCAGAUGCAGGCCUUUGCUGUAUUGAUGAAUUUAAUAGCCUCAAAGAGCAUGACAGAACCAGUAUCCACGAAGCAAUGGAGCAACAAACCAUAAGUGUUGCUAAGGCUGGCCUCGUGUGCAAGCUGAACACAAGGACCACCAUUCUGGCCGCAACUAACCCCAAAGGCCAGUACGACCCCCGUGAAUCUGUGUCUGUGAACAUCGCCCUUGGCAGCCCACUCUUAAGUCGAUUUGACCUGAUCCUGGUUUUGCUUGAUACCAAGAAUGAAGACUGGGAUCGUGUAAUUUCCUCCUUUAUCUUAGAAAAUAAAGGUUACCCAAGCAAAUCCAAGACCCUCUGGAGCAUGGAAAAGAUGAAAACCUACUUCUGCCUCAUCAGGAAGCUACAGCCCACACUGUCUGACGAGGGUAAUCAGGUUCUUCUCCGGUACUACCAGAUGCAACGGCAGAGCGAUUCCCGGAACGCGGCCCGGACCACCAUCCGCCUGCUGGAGAGCUUGAUACGAUUAGCAGAAGCUCAUGCCCGCCUGAUGUUUCGUGACAGUGUCACUCUGGAAGAUGCCAUUACGGUGGUGUCAGUGAUGGAGUCCUCAAUGCAGGGAAGUGCACUGCUGGGAGGGGUGAAUGCACUCCAUACUUCCUUUCCGGAAAACCCUCUGGAGCAGUACCAGAGGCAGUGUGAACUUAUUCUGGAAAAGCUGGAGCUGCAGAGCCUCUUGAGUGAAGAGCUCAGAAGACUUGAAAGGUUGCACACUCACAAUGCACCCCAACCCCAGCCAAGGGCAGUGGAGGCAGAGACCGCUCUAGGAUCGUUGAGAAAUGAUUCACCAGAAGACUCAAAGCUCAGAUCCUCAGCACAGCAGGGCAUGAAUUCUAACAGGCAUACCUCCUCUCCAGGAGGCAGUCCCAGGGGAAGCCCACUUCUAGAGCCCCCAUCCCCUCUGGGGCCUAACAGCUCAACAAGUAGAAAACAUUCAGCUCAGCACAAAAAUAGCCGAGAUGACAGUUUGGACUGGUUUGACAACAUGGCAACUCAACAAAUUGGACCUAAAAACACUGUUCCUCUGUCUUCCAGUCCCAAAACAACUGUGGGGGAAAUGGCCUUGAAAAUCUCCAACAGAUCUCAGUGUAAGGAAAAGAGUGGAUCAGGCCAAAGUAGCGAAUUAGAAGCUGGGCAGCUCUCAGGACCAUGGGAGACAGAGGGUCCACUGAGGCCAGACAAGACUUUCCAUGUUGAGGGCAAAAAGGCAAAAAAGUCAGCAGAAAUUUCUGAAGCAGUGGGAUCUGCUGAUGAACGAGACUCAGUACUGACUCAUCAUGUCCCUAAGAAACUGCACAGGCUGCACAAGGAGAGGGCCCGGCUGUUCUGCAGAAACCUCGUCCGGGAGCCUUCACCGUCCACAGGCACAUAUCAUCCUCAGCCCAUCCCCAUGCAGAGCCCACAAAGAGUGCUGGAAACUCCCAGAAGAAAGAAACGGAAGUCCCUUGCUCAGGUGGAAGAACCUGAACUUGAAAGUAUUGAGAGUCCAGGUCCCCCUGUGGCCAAACUGGCAAAAUUUACUUUCAAACAGAAGUCAAAACUGGUCCACUCCCCUGAAGACCACAGCCAUGUGUCUCCUGGCACAGCUGAAAUAGCAGUUCAGAGUCCUAAAACUUCCCAACGUAGAACAAGAGGAGACGCAGCUCUACCUGUGAGGGGUCCAGAAAUGCCGGCAUCUCCCUCAGGAAACAGCAACUCAGAUCAGCUGCAGGGAAGGACAAAGGCUGUGUCACAGCAGCCACCAAAGAAAGAUGGGUCAAGAGAGAAGGGAGAAUGUGCCCCUGAAAAGAAGGCUAUUCAGCCUGAACUAGAGCUUGGGAGCCAGAAGGGGCAUUCUCAUCUUACUUGUGAAAGAGAGAAAAGGGAAGAGGUUUCAGGCAGUAAUAAAAGCAGCAAAGUUCAUGCUCGCACAUUAGCCAAACUGGCAAACUUCUCCUUCACUUCCCCUUCAGAAUCCCAAUCAGAAUCUCCUCCUCCUCCUGAAAGUAAGAACUGCAAUGAGAGAGGCCCAAGCCCUCCUCCUACAGCCACAGCCACAGUGCUUGGCAGCAAAAGGAAAACUUUUCAGUUGGGGGAGUCCUCUGAGAAACUGAUCAUUUCCAGAAAAUCUCUCUUCACUUUACCAGAACUGGAUGACGACACAUUAGAUUUUGACUGGGAUGAAGAGAUGAGGAAAUAGCCAUAACAAUGGAAAGCUUUCUGAUCAAAUUUCACCCUCCCCAACUCAACAUGUACCUUCAGGAUACUAAGGUGGUGUUUACAAAUGUAUCAAACUGCUGGCCACAUAGAAUAUCACUCUGAAUACCAAUUCCUGCAUCAUGUUUUAUAAUUUCCCUUGUAUUUCAGGUUUAUCUUCAUGACUUGUAUAAUCAAUUUAGGUCAGUGUGACACCAGCACUUGAGAUGAAUUAAUUGACUCUGUGCCUAAUUUUGCAAACAGAGUGCUUAUAUUCCCAAAGAUGUUUCUUGGUUUUUUGGUUGUUUUUUGGUAAGGAGGGGUCUUCCUAGAUCCUUUAUUCAUUUGGGAGCAGAUGUCAGGAAGGUAGCACUCAUAAGACUAACAAGGCAGGUGAAUUAUUUUUCUAUUUUUUCUUCUGUAUUUUCACCUGUGAUAUGGUAAGUAUGGUAAAUGUUUAUUAACAUUUUUGAUGAUUUGCCAAAAAUCAUGUGAUUUUUUCCUAAUGUUAUUGUUACGUCUAAUCUUAUGUUUAUUCUGAUGCAUAAGAUUAAAUGUGACUACAUGUCUUUCUUGAAGAGACAUUUUCAGAAUUCCAUGGUAUUCCUAAAGAUCUGGCAACUAAUCAUAUCGUAGCUUUGUGAAGUACUGACCUUUUGAAUUUCCCUUACUUUCUUGAGCCAACAUUUUGUGCUUGAUUCUUUUUUUUCUCUUCGACACAACUUAACUCCCGUGUUUGGAAGGGGAGAGAGUGUGCGGUAGUCUUAGUCAUGUAUCGUAUCACAUCCACCCAGAUGGGUAUAUGGAAAGUGAUUCCUUCUAAGUUAUGAGUCAUUUGUCUUUAAAACCAAGCAUUCAGCAAGCAAAUUUCUGUAUUUGGAAGGAAUAGAUAACUUGAGCUUUGUCUUUCUUAUGUGCUUUUAAAAUCACUUCUUCCUUUGGAUUCUAGCAGGGGUUAUUAAGAUUCCAAAUUAUGGACUUUCUCUUCUGAGAUAUGAAUUUGUAAUAUAAUGAUUGAUAGAUUCUUUAACUGAGGAACUCUGGGACUUGAAGAAUACUCACAACUGUGUGUACUUUGUUUAAUGUUCAUUUCAUUAUUCAUAGAGAAAAAAUAAAAUUUAAGAAACCCAACUUCAAAACUGACUACAUUCUCUGAAAAAACUUAAACUGUGAGUACAAAUUUAGUAUGGAUCAGUCUUUAAAGACUUCAGACACUGAAACAGCUGAUUAAACAUAUACAUAAGCAAUGAUUAAAAAAUUUAUUAUUGCAUAUUCACUUAAACUAUUCUAAAACAUCAAGACUGUGGAUUUACAUAAUUUGAUUCAUUAUUUCUAUACUUGUUUAAUAAGUUCCCAGUGUAUUGUGUUAUGAUUCAUAAUUUAAUAUCUUCCUUAUCUUUCAGUAUUAGUACUUUGAUCUUUUGUUUGUUUUGUUUUGUUUCAAUAUUCUUCCUAAGAACCAACAGAAAAAGAAAGGAUCUGGGUUAUUGACCAGUUGAAUAUUGUUCUGGACACAAUCUGUUUGUGUAAACUAGGGUAAUUCAAACCUGAGCCACAGUGUUGAGUUGACUUAUUAUUUUUUUUAUGGUAAGCUUUUAUGUCUCUUUCUUAUGUAUUUUUGUAUUUGGAGUUUGGUAUUUUUUUGCCAUAAUGAUGUAGUAAACUUUGUAUGGCUGACGAAAUCUAACUUCUUGGCUUGUCAUUAGAGUAUUUUGACCAUUAAAAAUGUUUGCAUUUCUUAUUGAUAA